UUUAAGCAUCCAGAGUUUCAGUGCCCGGACAUGAGCCCUUCUCCUUCCGUCCCGUCUUCAGGUCUGUCGCCUCCAAUCGAUCCGUCGUGCCAGAACUCAGCUGGAUUCAACUGAUCCUCUCUCUGUUCUCUGUCCUCUGUGUCUUUGCUUUCACCCUGUGGUCCAGUGGAGUUUGUGAAGGCGGCUGAUAUCAAAGUCAUCGCUGCUUUGGGGGAUUCUCUGACAACGGCCAUCGGCGCCAACGCCACCACUGUCCUCGGGAUUCCCAUCGAGUUUCGCCACGUGUCUUGGAGCAUCGGCGGCUACGGGACGUUUCAGGAUGUCAUUACUUUGGCAAACAUCAUCAAGUUGUUCAAUCCCAACCUGCUGGGCGCUGCUCCCGGGAAGACGGUCCACGGGAUGCAGGCUCACAUCAGCGAGACGGGCUUCAACCUGGCUGUGACCGGACACAACACCUUCAACUUGCCCGGACAGACGAGGCAUCUGAUCGACACGCUGAGAGCCUACGAGGGGCUGAACUUCGAGGAGGACUGGAAGCUUCUAACCAUCCUCAUGGGCAUGAACGACAUCUGCGACUACUGCAAAGACAAGGCUCUCUUCUCGGUGGACAACUUCAUCCACUACAUGACCGUCUCCUUGGAAAUGCUCAUGAACGAGGUUCCUCGCAUGAUCGUCAACGUGGUUCAGAUUCUGCCCAUGCAGACUCUGAGGGAGGUCCAGAAGCCGACGCCGGGAUGUUUGCUCCAACGGUCCUUCUGUUCGUGCCUCAUCGAGCCGGUGGCCAGAUCUCCUGAGCUGAGGGAGCUGGUGGAGGUCAACCUGGAGUUCCAGAAGAGGCUGGAGCAGCUGCUGCACAGCGACCGCUUCUUCAGGGACGACUUCGCCGUGGUCCUGCAGCCCUUCCUGAAGCACGCCGACCCUCCUCGCCUCCCGAGCGGGAGGAUCGAUAUGACCUUCUUCACUCACGACUGCUUCCACUUCACCAUGAAGGGCCACGAGGAGCUGGCCAAGGGCCUCUGGAACAACAUGUUUCAGCCUGAAGGAGGGAAGAUGAUCGUGAGCAGCUUCUCUGAUCCCAUCGGACUCAUCUGCCCGCCGACGAACCAUCCGUACAUCUUCACCCGGCCCAUCGCAGCCCGGUCCGGCCGGCCUCGGCUCCGGUCCGGUGCUCAGACCGUCUUCCUGCUGCUCUCAGUGGGUCUGGCUCAUCUGGGCUUCAUGUAGCUUCUACCAGGCGGUGAAGUCUGUGGAUGUCCGACGCCUUGAAACAGAGGAAGUCACUGCAGAGCCUGGAGCAGCUUCCUCUGGACCACCAGGCUGCUUCCUGUUUAGUGACGCUGCCUCCGGGCCGGCAGCAGAGGGACGGACCGGGUCGGCAGCAGAACCACUGUGAUGCUCGGCCGUGCUGCUUGAUGCACCGUGUUGUUCUCAGCAUGACGUUCACGUUUCUACCUUCAUACAUAAAACAUUAAACUGUCGUCACUCUGCCCACAGCUCAGUGUGUUAAAGUUCUGGUGGUUCUGGUUCAGUCCGAGGACGUGUUCAGGUCGCUUUACUCCAGUAAAACUACUGAUACCAUGAAGUAAAAGUACUCUGGUGGCAGCUUUUAAAAUGCUCCUGAUGUUAAAGUAGGAUAACUGCUGCUUAGUUUGAUUAACAACAAAACAUUAAAACACACUGAAAUAGUGAAACGA